AUGCAAAUUUUGAGACCAAAUCAUACAUUGGAGAAUGAAGAUUUCAUCCAGAGUUUGUCACCACACAUGUCAAUGACCAAAAAUGAUAGAAAUAGCAGCAUCAGCUCUAGAGAUGAACGGCUGAGGGCAAAAGAACGGAUUUUAAAUCUGACUCCAAACCAUAGAGUCUCUCAGCCAAUCGUAAAGCCUUUUGUCCCAAAUUAUGCUCAAAGAAUAGGUAAAAUUAAGGAUUCAGUAGAUAACACUACACCUAUUUAUUCGAGGACGAAGAAAGAUAGCAGGAAUAACUCACAACAGGCCUUGAAUAGAACUUUUGAAGAUAUCCCUUCUCAUAAUUACUCAAACUUCCUCAAAAUCGAUGACAUCGAGGGAUCAUCAAGUAAACAGUUAUACAGAGGCAAGCCCAAAGACAUCAUGGGAAAGUAUAAUGUUAUUGAAAAUUCCAGACCAACCAGGCUUACUAAAAGACGAAGAAGGGGUAUUUAUGAUGGAAUGGACUACAGAGAUGUCACUAAAGUUAAAUAAAAGUGGGAUGGACAGCGUAGAGUCUCAUAAUUUUCACCUCAAUCAUGACUACUCUAAAAAUACAGAUAAUAAUAUGAGCAUUGAUAAUCAAGAUGCUGCAAUGGAAAGUAUGAAUGAAAAUUAUGAAGAUCAAUACAGAAAAAUCUUAACUGAAUCCAAACGUCAACGAAAAGAACCCCUAAACCAUCCAAGAAAAAUGCGAUCUUACGAAUCAAAUGCAAACAAUUCCGCCAAGACAGUACAAGACUAUCUCCAAAAGACCCGUAAGAGGGCUGAAAAAUACGUUCCUCUAAGAGGCGGCCAUGUAAACUCCACUCUCCCAGUCACCACCCACACUUCCAAAUACGACCCUUACUCCCCACCUGAAAUCCCCCCAAAACCUACUCCACAAUUCCUUCACAAAUUUCAAAAAUUCCAAAAUACCCAAAAAGUUUCUAAGACUCCUGCCAAAGGGUCUGAGCCCCUCUGCCAGAAGCCUACUAGUCCAUUGGGGUAUCAUGAGAAUGAAGUUGAGAGAAGGGUAGUACAGAAUAGGAGGAAUUUGUUAAGAGAUCUGAAGGAUCAGGGUAUUAGUGAAGGGCAAAGGCAGAUGACUAGGAACGACAUGAAGAUUGGUGGGAGACAAGGCCAGCUCAGGACUGUGGAGAAUGUCAGGCAAAAUACAGAGUUGAAUAGCAGAAGAAUUAGUCUUAAUAGGAAUUUUAAUAACUCUCAAAGGAUGGAAGAUGUUCGCAAUACUUCAAGUGAGAGAAUGGCAAUUUAAAAAAUUAAUACUUUUAGAACAGAACCAUAGAUCAAAACUCUCAGCCUUACUCAGAGUACCCUCAGUUAGUAAAUAUUCCCAAAAAGUCCAAAAUUGAAAGACCGACUUACAGCAGAAUUUAUAAAUUUAAACCUCAAGAUAUCUCUUCAAGAAGAUUUUGUUCAGGGAAGAAAUUGGCUGGCCAGGCAAACUUCGUAAGCGCUUACCGCCAGAUAGAAGACGAUCAUGUAAUAAGAAACAUGGAUCUCAGACCCAGCCUACAGCCGAUCCAGAAAUCCAAAAAGUAAAACCUAA